CGUCUCCAGUCUGAGUGUGCAGCCCUGCGGACUGACUCAUCUGUUUUUCCACCUCAUAUUUCAACGGUCAGGAAUACAAACGCGACGCUUCACUGUGACCGGCCUCUUGGAAAGGAACAAGAGGACCAGUGGGGACAACUUCACUUCCCCUUCAGCCGUUUCCAAAGGAGUAUAUUCACAGUUUUUUUUUCUGUUUUCUGUCUCUUUUUUUUUUAGUCCUGGAGAAGAAGACCGUGUUUUGGAGCACUUUGUACUUUUGUGGCGGUGGUGAACUCCGGUAAUGCCGAACCGCGUCGAAAAACAAGCCGGCUAACAUUUCAGUCUCCAUGCGGGAGCGGAAGCUGUUUUUCCUACCUGGAGUUGUCAGGAACUCGGCGUAAAUGGAGCGCCAGUCCAGUUUCAUUUCCAUCUGGCUCCAACUGGAACUCUGCGCCAUGGCGGUUCUUCUGACCAAAGGAGAGAUCAGGUGCUACUGCGACGCGCCGCACUGCGUGGCCACCGGCUACAUGUGCAAGUCUGAGCUGAACGCCUGCUUCACCAAGGUCCUGGACCCGCUCAGCGCCAACUCGCCCCUCACCCACGGCUGCCUGGACCCCGUCUCUGGCGCCGCCGACGUGUGCGGCAGCGGCCGCCAUGCCGCCGACCCCCUCGGCGGGGCGCUGACGCUGGAGUGUUGCCACGACGACAUGUGCAACUACAGGGGCCUGCAAGACCUGGCGCACACCAGAGACUCCACAGAGAGCCGUUACCCUGCCGACGGCAACCGGAACCUGGUGACGCGCGUGCAGGAGCUGGCCUCGGCCAAGGAGGUGUGGUUCCGGGCGGCGGUGAUCGCCGUGCCCAUCGCCGGCGGCCUCAUCCUGGUGCUGCUCAUCAUGCUGGCGCUGCGGAUGCUGCGCAGCGAGAACAAGCGGCUGCAGGACCAGCGGCAGCAGAUGCUGUCGCGCCUCCACUACAGCUUCCACGGCCACCACACCAAGAAGGGCCACGUGGCCAAGCUGGACCUGGAGUGCAUGGUGCCGGUGUCGGGGCACGAGAACUGCUGCCUGACCUGCGACAAGAUGCGGCAGGCCGAGCCGGGCGGCGGCGGCGACAAGAUCCUGUCGCUGGUGCACUGGGGGAUGUACAGCGGCCACGGCAAGCUGGAGUUUGUCUGACUGCCUCUAACGACAUUCCUUUGUUUUGCUAAAACGAUGCGGGACUGAUCUCAUGCCGCGUGUUUUUUUUUGUUUUGUUUUGUUUGUUUUUUGCUAGAGGAGCACUUUACUUGAAAAUGAAAAGGCAGAUCUGUAUUUAAACUUGAGAGGGGCUCGCUGAGGAUCCUGGACUUUCUACACUGAAACGCUGAAGGAUUCCAAAAGUUUUUGUCUUAUUUGCACAUUUGAUGUUGUUUCUUUCUUUUUUUCUUUUUUUUUUAAUAAAAAAUAAAUCAAAAAACAAAAGAUUUUUACACUGACACCAGGGUACAAGAAAAGGACUGACUGAGGAGGAGCGAGAGAGGGAGAGAGAGAUCUCGGUGCUUUUGGACUGUAGGUGUGCACACUCCUCUGGAUGUUUCAUGAUUCAAGCUUAUUGUAAAGAUUUAAAUAUAUCUAUAUAUAUUUUUGUCUGAGAAAACUGACCGGUGUGCGUCUUCUUCAGAGUGAAUGUUCCAACUUCUUUCUGUGAUCAGACUAAAAGCUUGAUUGUAUGUGUGUGUGUUAGUGUGGAUGCGUGCGCGUGUGUGUGAAAGAACUUCAAUUAAAGUGACUUUUUAUUUAAA